ACAGAUAAAGAAACUGAGGCCUAGAAGGAGAACAACAUAAAGGGAGUAGGGUGCGCCCCUGGUGAGCACAGGGUUCCCUACCCCACACAUCCACAAGCCUGCGAUCCCAGGGUCCAACUUGGCUGCCCCACCCCACCCCCUAGGACCCUCCCGCGCUUGGGGAUCUCCGACCAGAUCCUCGCAGCGCCGCUCGGCUCCUUGGAGUAGAGAGAGCGCUCGGGGUUGUCACUUUAAAUUCAAGAAGGAGCAGGCGAGCGGGCGGGCGAGCGCGAGGGAGCGCGCGGCGGGCUCCUGGGAGCGUGCCCGGACUGCGGCGCUGCUCCAUUCGGCCGCCGGGCCCCGCGGAGCCCCCAUCGGUGAGGCGAGGCUCCAGCAGGAGACGAGCGCCCCGCUACACUGCAGGGGUGGCGUAGCAGUGGGCGGCCGGGCGCCUGUGAGAGCCAACUGCGGGAGGCCAGCGUGGGAGCAGAGGUAGAACCAGGAGUCGGACCCGCGUCCCCUCUGGAACCCGGGUCCCUGUCACUGCGGGGGACAUCAUGGCCGUGGACGUGACAGAAUAUCAUCUGAGUGUCAUCAAGAGCCCUCCAGGCUGGGAGGUGGGUGUCUAUGCCGCCGGGGCCCUGGCUCUGCUGGGAAUUGCUGCUGUGAGUCUAUGGAAGCUCUGGACAUCGGGGAGCUUCCCCAGCCCCUCCCCGUUCCCUAAUUACGACUACAGGUACCUGCAGCAGAAAUAUGGAGAGGCCUAUGUGGAGGCUAAGCUGAAGCGGGUCCCUCCUUGGAAUGACCAGCGGACCACCACUCGGGGACCACCCAGCCGCAAAGGCAGCCUCAGUAUAGAAGACACCUUUGAGAGCAUCAGUGAGCUGGGACCCCUGGAGCUGAUGGGCCGGGAACUGGACUUGGCCCCCUAUGGUACUCUCCGCAAGUCACAGUCGGCUGACUCUCUGAAUUCCAUCUCCUCUGUGAGCAACACCUUUGGGCAGGAUUUCACCCUGGGCCAGGUGGAGGUGAGCAUGGACUAUGAUGGAGCCUCCCACACCCUCCACGUGGCAGUACUGCAAGGCAAAGACCUCCUGGAGCGCGAGGAGGCCACCUUCGAGUCCUGCUUCAUGCGUGUCAGUCUGCUGCCAGACGAACAGAUCGUGGGCAUCUCCCGGAUCCAGAGGAAUGCCUAUUCCAUCUUCUUCGAUGAGAAGUUCUCUGUCCCCCUGGAUCCCACAGCCCUGGAGGAGAAGAGCCUUAGAUUUUCUGUGUUUGGCAUCGACGAGGAUGAGCGGAAUGUGAGCACGGGCGUGGUGGAGCUGAAGCUGUCCGUUCUGGAUCUCCCGCUGCAGCCCUUCAGUGGCUGGCUAUACUUGCAGGACCAGAAUAAGGCUGCUGAUGCUGUGGGAGAGAUCCUGCUGUCCCUCAGUUACCUGCCCACAGCUGAGCGUCUGACUGUGGUUGUGGUGAAAGCCAAGAAUCUCAUCUGGACCAAUGAGAAGACCACAGCAGACCCCUUCGUCAAAGUAUACCUGCUGCAGGAUGGGAGGAAAAUGAGCAAGAAGAAGACGGCUGUGAAGAGGGAUGAUCCCAACCCAGUGUUCAACGAAGCCAUGAUCUUCUCAGUACCAGCCAUUGUGCUACAGGACCUGUCUCUCCGGGUGACAGUGGCUGAGAGCAGCAGCGACGGCCGUGGGGACAACGUGGGCCAUGUCAUCAUUGGGCCAGGGGUCAGUGGCAUGGGCACCACACAUUGGAACCAGAUGCUGGCCACACUGCGCAGACCUGUGUCCAUGUGGCAUCCAGUCCGGCGAAACUAACAGCCAGAGCAGGCCAGGUUGGGCAGCAGAGCCUCAGGAGCCUAGCACCAUCUCAGUUCUAUCCAGCGAUGCCCUCUCCAUAGCCAACUGGAGCUGUGAACACCAGGGUGCCCCACCUCCCGGGGGAUUUUUCAUCAGCCAUCUUGGAUCCUCUGUCCAGACUGUCAUGGAAGAAUGGGUGUGGCUCUUCAUCCGGGGACCCAGGGUAAUUUCCCCACUGAGGUCUACCUGUAGCUGGCUGGGGACCUACCAGACUGACCAACUGUAUUGAAGAGCCUUAGGAAGUAUGUCCCUUGGCCUGCAGAGGGAUGUGGCUUCAGAGCUGGCCAACUCCCCUUCUGCCAUUCUCCUAGAGGACAGCUGUUAAUAAAUCUUGAGGGGAUAGUUCCUGUGGUGGCAAAGCUAAUAUUAACAAGACAUAGCACUCAGGAUGCCAGGAACCCAAGAUGCCCUCUCUCAUGCUGGCACCGAGUAACAACCCGGGCAGAUGAACUUGUGAAGGAGCCCUGAGGGCUGGGGUAACAGCAAGGCUCUCUCAGACAGGGAAGGAGUUUCACUUUGAGGGUGAGAGAAAAAACAGCAUCCCAUCUUUACCAUGGGGGUCGUGUGGAUCAUGGUGAGCAGUCACACAAUAGAAGAGACACAAACUAGCCCAUCCCAAACACAGACUCUGCCCACUACAGUGGACACAAGAAGAGGCCAGGAGACCAGGCCCAACAGAAGCCAGUAGGCCGUGUGAAGGCUCCCCUGACCAUCCACUCUGAGGGAACCAGAAGUGGCCCAGUCCAGAUCCUUGUGUGGAUCCAAAGCAAAUCAGCACAGAUUCCACAGACACCAGUGUUGGCUGGCGUCCCUCCAGGCCAGGCUUCUCUAGAAAGGAAGGUGUCAAGCCAGUCUAAAUCCAACCCUAGGAAUUGUAGGUCAAGUUCCCUAAAACUAAGAUUGCUCCUUAGUCUUGAGCCAGUAGGAACUCUGGGGAAAUGGUGUUCCUAAGCAAAGGGCUUGGUUGUACACCACUACCAGAAUCGUUCUUUGGCUCCCAUCUGGUCAGAAUUAUUGAGGGGAUUGCAUCAUACGUGAGGUGCUGACUGUCACUUGAGAAAGGCAGUUCUCCUAGAGAAAUGGUGGCUUUUGGCUCCUUCUCUGGAACCUGAAGAUUUUUUUGGUUUUUGGUUUUUG